GCCGCCGCCGCCCCGCGCCCGUCCGCCCGCCCGCCCCGCGCCAUGGCGGCCGCCGCCGAGCCCAGCAGCGGCCGCUACCAGCAGCUGCAGAACGAAGAAGAGCCAGGCGAGACUGCACCAGUGGUAAACGAUGCCCCUCCACCUUACAGCAGCAUUUCCGCAGAGAAUGCAGCUUAUUUUGACUACAAGGAUGAGUCAGGAUUUCCAAAGCCUCCCUCAUACAACGUGGCCACAACACUGCCUAGUUAUGAUGAAGCAGAGAGAACUAAGGCUGAAGCCACAAUUCCGUUGGUUCCUGGAAGAGAGGAUGACUUUGUGACACGGGAUGACUUUGAUGACACUGAUCAGCUGAGGAUAGGAAAUGAUGGCAUUUUCAUGCUAACUUUCUUCAUGGCAUUCCUCUUCAACUGGAUCGGAUUCUUCCUGUCUUUCUGUCUGACUACUUCAGCUGCAGGACGGUAUGGGGCCAUUUCUGGAUUUGGUCUGUCUCUUAUUAAGUGGAUCCUUAUCGUCAGGUUCUCCACCUAUUUCCCAGGUUACUUUGAUGGUCAGUAUUGGCUUUGGUGGGUUUUCCUUGUACUAGGUUUUCUGCUGUUUCUCAGAGGAUUUAUUAAUUAUGCAAAAGUUAGGAAGAUGCCCGAUACUUUUUCCACUCUCCCCAGGACCAGAGUUCUCUUUAUUUACUAAAGCAGAUGUUUUCUGGCAAACGUCUUCCUGCGUUACUGAAUUCUCCCCCAAGAAGUAACAGGACACCUGCAGGAAGUGAAUCAAGACUCUGAAACAGAAGAAAAAUAAUCACCUGCUUUAAAAUAAAUAAAUAAAAGUACUGUUGGGAAAAAAAAGGAGAAGCAUUUCUAUCUAUUUGUUUCUAGGUGUAAAAUUUUAAUUAUUAAUGCAGAAUUCUGUAAUCAUUGAAUCAUUAGUGGCUAAUGUUUGAAAAAGCUAUCGCAAUCGAGUUUGUGACGUGCUAAUAAAGCCUUAUAUAGUAUCUGUAGUAAUUUCAGUAGCAUGAGCGAUGCCUCCGUAGCCAGCAGGGGACAGUCGUGCUUUAUUUCGUCCUCCAUCCUAAGAGCGGGUUUGGACUCCGGUAUUUAGUGUACAGUGCGCAGAAUGCUGCCUGCCCCGAAGGGAUGAUCUCGAAAGCUGAAAUGACGGUGUUGCUCUGGUCGCCUGCCCUUCUGCUGCCCAAGUGGUGCACCGCCGGGGUGAGCUGUGUCUGAAAGGAAAAACUGGUCUACACAGUACAGAUUUUAAGGUCUAAUGGGAGGAGUGUAUUGUUUUGAAGGUGGCACAAGUAUUAAUUUUUAAUAUUCUAUAUUCUAAAUGUUAUAGUAUACUUUACUUUCAUACUACCUACUUUUUUGACUAUAUAGGGGUUUUCACAGUACAUGUUGGUAGUGUAAAGAUGAAAGAUCACAUUGCAACUUUGUAUAAAAAAAUAUCUUGCAAAACAAAGGCCUUUUUUUCCUUUGGCUUGAGACUUUUGAGACAAUUCCUAACAUACCUGUAAUUCUUGCUUUUAUAAUUUAUGUUAGCAGAGACUAUGAUGUGUUAUAAAUGUAGAUUUAAUGUGCACUUCUGUGCUUUCUGCCAAGUGGUAAUUCACUUUGGAGUUUUACUAUGUUAAAACUGUAAAUAUAGCAGAACAUUAAUAAAUGUCACUUAUGUAGCAA